AUGCGCCUAAGAAGUAGAAUAUUACCCCAGGCGGGUACCAAAGUUAAAAACGAUGGAGAAUCCCGCCCCGGGCCUACGAGCCCGGGCUGCCCCUCGUACUCUGGGGGGGGCAACGUAUCGCUAAUUGCCCAGUCUCAUACUGUUGCAACACAGUCAAUACAUGAUGAAUCAUCAUCAUGUUAUUCACCACCGUCAUCAGUGAUAUCAUCUGUCAGCUCAUCACCACAAUCCAUUUCAUCAACCCAACAAUUUAGAUCACCCCAUUCAUCAUCUACGUCAUCAUCACAAUCCAUCGGGGAUGUUGCGCAGGAGGCUAUUUCAGCUAAAGUUACUGCGCCCGCCCCAGAUGGACGGCGCACACGUAAAACGUGGUCUAGAGAAAUGAAUAUUUUCAUCAUGCGCCAUUAUUUCAUCCUCACAGACCUUGAAAUAAACACAAAAUCAUACCUCACACAAUUACAUGCACGUUUUAUAUUAGAAUUUCCUGACAUGGCUGAGGUAGGAAAACAAAGAAUAGGGGACCAACGCCGUGCCAUUGUCCAGCGUGGUUUCCUUACAAACCAAGAAAUCCAUAAUAUUAAAGAGGAAGUUAGAGGUUUAUUGCAAAAUACAACAGCACCAGAACAAAAUAAUAUUACAGACUACACCCAAUCACGUAGAAUCAGAUGGACGGAUAAACUAAAUGAAGAAAUUAUGAGAAGUUAUUACCGUUUAACAAAACUUGAAACCGAUCUAACUACAUAUAGGCCACUACUGCAUCAAGAUGUAAUCUCUAAGUGCCCUUCAAUCGCACACCUUUCAGUGCAAAGAAUAGCAGACCAACGCAGAUCCAUCGUCCAUAACAAGCUUUUAUCUACUGAUAAAUUAAACACAAUAAGAGAAGAAAUCAAAAAUGAGCUGAGCACUACGAUAUUACAACUUUCAGACGAAAAUACUACAAUCGAUGGAACGCAAGCAAGUUAUAACUAUCAGACCUCUCAAGUGACACAAACAUUCACUAGUGAACAAAUCCCUGCUACUACACAAACUACCCAAGAUUCACUAAAGCUUCCUUCAGAAUUAACUAAACAAUUAGAAGAACUAUUUACAGAAAUUUAUACUAGAUUUAAAGACUCAAAUCCUACAAAGCGGCCGUAUAUUCCUAAACUAAAACCUUCAAAAAAAUUAUCGUCUACUGUAAACUACAUCAACAAUGAAAUACUUCCAAAACUACUGAAAUCUGACUUAGACUUUAACACAAUACAGACAUUAAUAUACAGUGCUGCCUUCACCUCCGCUAAGUUUAUUGGUGCUAGAAUUAUAGAAGAUAAAGUAACAUGUAGUAAACAACAGAGAAUCCCAUGGUGGCAAAGAAGACUAGAAGGCAGAAUUAAAGAUCUGAGAGCAAACAUAGGUAGACUUAACGAAUAUGUUAAAGGCGUUCGGUCUCCAAACUUAGACAAACAUAUAACUAGGAUUAAACAAACAUACAAAAUACAUUCCCAACAUGAAUCCGAAAACACCGAUAUUACACACUUUCUAGACACCCUGAAACAAAAACUUAUUACCCUAGCAAAUCGAUUAAGAAGAUAUAAGGAGACAACAAUUAGAAAAACUCAAAAUAAACAGUUCUGUAAUAAUGAAAAACUAUUUUAUAGAAAACUUUCACAACCCAAUAAUUCCCACGACAAUAACUGUAUUCCGCCAGCAUCUGAAUCACUACAAACAUAUUGGUCAAAUAUCUGGUCUCAACCUAUUGAACACCGACAUAACCAGUGGAUUGACGAAGAUAAAGAAAUAUUGAACCAUGUCCCAGAUAUGGAAUUUGAACAAAUUCAGAUAGAUCUUUUAAAAAGUGUCAUAGAGCGAUCCCACAAUUGGAAAGCCACAGGUACAGAUAAUAUACACAAUUUCUGGUACAAAAAACUCACGUGUACGCAUGAACUGUUACUUAAACAUAUCAACACAUUCAUUCAAUCACCCGAUUUACUGCCAUAUUACAUCACACAAGGUCUAACAUAUAUGCUACCAAAAGAUCUAUCAGAUUCUGAAAACCCCUCCAAAUAUCGCCCCAUCACUUGCUUACAGAAUAUAUAUAAAAUAAUUACUGCAUGCUUAAGUGAGUCUAUCUAUAAACACAUACAUGAGCACAACAUUAUGGCAGAAGAACAGAAAGGAUGUCGCAAAAACAGCCAGGGCUGUAAAGAGCAAUUAACCAUCGAUUCAGUAGCAUCAAUACAAGCACUCAGACAAAAACGUAGCAUCUAUACCAUGUACAUCGACUAUAAAAAAGCUUUCGAUUCCGUACCACACUCAUGGCUGAUAUACAUUUUAAAACAUUACAAAAUCAAUCACACAAUUAUUCACUUUUUAGAAAAUAUUAUGCGUAAUUGGAACACUAAACUAAAAAUACACAAUUCUCAAAAAACUACCGAAACUGAUGUCAUCUCAAUUAAAAGAGGUAUUUUCCAGGGAGACUCAUUGAGUCCCUUAUGGUUCUGCCUAGCUCUUAACCCACUCUCACAUAUGCUAAAUAGACAAUGUAUAGGAUUCGAAAUUAAACACAACACCCAACAUACAACUCUUUCUCACCUCAUGUAUAUGGAUGAUAUAAAACUCUUUGCAGGCACAUCAGAUGAUAUCCAUACACUUGCCACCAUCACACAGAACUUCUCAAAUGAUAUUUGCAUGGAAUUUGGUAUAAACAAAUGCAAAAUUCAAUCUAUCAACAAAGGUGUCGUAGAACAGGCUCCAUACGAACUACCAAGUCACGAAAUAAUAGAUACAGUAGACCCUGUGGAAGGAUAUAAAUAUUUAGGUUAUACUCAGUCACAAGAAAUCCACCAUAAAGAAAUCAAAAAGUUACUUCAACAAAGUUUUAAGAGCAGACUUCAUAAGAUACUUCAUACCCAACUCAACGCAAGGAAUACUAUUAAGGCUAUUAACACGUUUGCCAUACCCAUAUUAACGUACUCUUUUGGAAUCAUUCGAUGGAACCAAACCGAACUCGCAACACUUCAAAGAAUUAUCAACACCACAAUGACUAAGCACAGGAAGCACCACCCUAGAUCAUGUAUACAAAGAUUAACCUUACCUAAAUGUGAAGGAGGAAGAGGUCUCAUCGACAUCAAGAAUCUUCAUAAUAAACAGCUCAUACUGCUCCGAACUUUCUUUCACAAGCGCUCUAAUCAAUCACCUUUACACAACGCCAUUUGCCAAGCCGACUCAUUCACACCACUCACACUUGCAGACCAUACUAAACAAAUUAAUAUAACCACCAAACAACAGAAAAUAGACGUUUGGACGACAAAAUCCCUUCACGGCCGGCAUCGUCUUGAUCUAACCAACCCCGUCGUCGAUAAAAUUGCAUCAAACGCAUGGUUGAAACGAGGUGAACUGUUUCCCGAAACAGAAGGAUUUAUGCUGGCUAUCCAAGACCAGGUAAUUGACACAAAAAAUUAUAGAAAAUACAUCAUACGUGAUAGUACUAGUAGCGAUCACUGCCGACACUGUCAUAAACAACCUGAAACAAUCCAGCACAUAACAGGCGCAUGCUCAUCCAUCACACAAACUGACUAUAAACACAGACACGACCAGGUAGCAGCUAUAGUACACCAGACACUUGCAUAUAAACACAAACUCAUUACAGAAAAAACACCAUACUAUAAAUACACCCCACAAAUCAUUUUAGACUCACCGGACUUCAAGAUGUAUUGGGACAGAACAAUACUGACCGAUAAAACUGUACACCAUAAUCGACCAGACAUAACACUUCACGAUAAGAAAAAUAAAACUAUAUAUUUAAUAGACAUAGCAAUCCCGAACACACAUAAUCUUAGUUCCACCCACACAAAUAAACUAUCAAAAUAUACAGAUUUAUCAAUAGAACUCAAAACCCAGUGGCAGGUACACACCGUUAAAACUAUCCCUAUUAUUAUUUCUAGUACAGGCGUCAUUCCCAAAACUCUACACACCAGUCUGAAAACUCUUAACUUACACCCUCUCACAUACGCUCUGCUACAGAAAGCAGUCAUUCUAAAUACCUGCAGGAUUGUAAGGAAAUUCCUAUCUAUAGACUGA